AUGACUGUGAUUCUAGCAACUUUUACGCCCACCAAAGGCAAAGAGGAUGAGGUCGAGAACAUGUUGCUGAGAUUGGUCAAGAAAGUCCGCGACAAAGAGCCAAGGAUCGAAAUCUUCAAACCCUACAAAGCCGUCCGGCACGCAGACGGGUGUCCCGAGUUCUGUGUGUACCAAAGAUACCCAGAUGAGCAGACUCUGGAUCAGCAUCGCCACAGCGAGCAUUACAAAUCACUGAUCGAGGAGGCAAUUUCGAAGGGACAUCUCACGACAAGUCCGCACUACCGCCGGGUGGGCUCCAAUACCGAAAGUAUCGUGAAUGACAUGUCGUUUUGGCGAAACCUUGGGUAUGAUGAUUGGACGUACCUUUACGGAAGUCUUGAAGAGCAGAAGUCGCGCUGA